CAGGCGUUCAAUCCCGGUCAUGGAGCCCAGGCAGGCGGACGUGUCCAUCCCACUGCAGUCCUCCAAAUGGGAUGCGGCCGGCCCCGGCCCCCGCUCCGACCCGCAGCCCCGGGACUACGUGCUCUGGUCGGUGUUCAAUGUGCUGCUGUGGUGCGCGCUGGGCGGCCUGGGCUGCCUCGGCUUCCCCGCGCUCGUCUACUCCAUCAAGGCCCGUGACUGCAAGGCGGCGGGGGACCCGGAGGGUGCCCGGCGCCACAGCGACCGCGCCAGGGUGGCGAACAUCGUCUGCUCCGUGGUGGUCGCCCUCGCCUGGGCGAUCUUCAUCAUCAUCGCCAUCAUCAUCAUCGCCUCGCUCAGAGCCGCCUGACCACCGCCGGGCCCCACCCGCGGGGUGCUUCCCCCUCCCGCUCCCUCCUCUUUGCCUCCGCAAUGUGCCCGCUCGGGGCGCGGGGGCCGAGGGAGGGACCCGCGGUCCCCUCGCUGCCCACGCCGCGGGUGCCCCCGCGGGAGG